AUUUACGAUUCUAGUUACUAGAAAAGUAGGACGUUGUACUAGUUCUCAUAAAUCGUAUUUGGUUAUAACUGCAACUAAUACCACAAUAUGUACAAAAGAAGUAGUUCUAUUUGACGACUGUCGGCAACAUAUCAGAAUGAAGGUCGAGGAACAGGACAACAGUGAACCAGACCAGGAAAAUACCGAUAAUCAAGAUAAAACAACGCCGCCAGAAAAACCAGAGACGCAGAAUUAUUCUUUGUUGCCGCCAAGGGUUCAAUCGUCAGAGUCGGAUGUGGAUGGCAGCGACGUUCAUGUUGUAGCAAGAGUUCGACCACUUAAUCAACAAGAGGUGGAAAGGAAUGAUGGAUCGUCGACACGAUUUCCAUCUGAUGGUGCAAUCUUGGUUGAAAAUCAGACGGCCGCGAAGACUUUUUCGUUUCACGGGAUAUUUCAACCUGGUUGUACACAGAAGCAAGUAUUUGAACACAGCGGUAUGCGAAGAUUGCUUAGCAUGGCGUUAGAUGGAUACGCUUGCACUGCGUUUGCGUUUGGGCAAACUGGAUCGGGGAAAACUUACACAAUGACAGGCCCUGUCACGCCGGAAGCAGCUGAUAGCAUGACGCAAGAAAAGUCCCUCAAAGACUUGGGUUGUUAUGGGUUGAUACAAUACAGCUUUGCGUUUCUAAUGGAGAAAGUUCUGGAAGGCAACGACGUUAACUACACAGUGAAAGCAUCGUACCUGGAGAUUUAUAAUGAGCAGGUCCAGGAUCUACUGAACCCGCUUGCUUACGAGUCGGUGCAGGUUCGUUGGUCAAAAGGCCAAGGUUUUCAUGUCGAGAACCUGUUUGUUCGUGAGAUCGAAUCACUUGAUGACCUGAUGAGCGUGUUGGAGGAUGGAAUGCGAAACAGAGCGGUUGCCGAACAUAAUAUGAAUGAACAUUCGAGUCGAAGUCACAGCAUUCUAACCGUAUAUCUGGAUAGCGAAUCAGCUACAGAAGAAGGCAUGUCAGUCACGAAGCACGGUAAAGUGUCUUUUGUGGACUUGGCAGGCAGUGAAAAAGUAAAAGACACGGGUUCGACUGGUGAAACACUCAUUGAGGCGACCAAUAUAAACCGAAGUUUAUUAACUUUAGGAAACUGUAUAUCUGCGUUAAGUGACCCGAAGAAAAGGACAGGACACAUUCCUUUCCGAGACAGCAAGUUAACGAAAUUGUUAGCUGAUGGACUUGGUGGAUCAGGAGUUACGUUAAUGAUUGCCUGCGUGACCCCGUCGAGCUACAACGUUUCAGAAACCCUAAACACGCUUCGCUACGCUAAACGGGCAAGAAAAAUAAAAAACAAACCUGUUAUUCGAAUCGACCCACGCGAAGAACUAAUACUUAAACUUCAACGUGAAAUGAAAUUAUUGAAACAAGAAAAUCUGUUUCUUCGAGAUCAAUUAGAAUUUCCACAUCGUGAAAAACCCAAGUUCCCCAAACCAAAUACAGUGGAUACAAAUGAAAGUAGAGCUAACAAGAUGUUGCCUGCCCUCCCCGCUAUAAAGUCAACAUCAGAUGGCUCCAAAGCAAGUUCAUUUGAGUCACCCGACCACCGUCCAGUGUCUGACAACAGUUUGUACGGCAUGCUGCAGGAGUAUAUGGUGGAGAACGAAGCUUUACGUAACGAGAAUCAUAACUUGCUGACACAACACAGCGUCGACGAAAGAGAACACCGGAUUAUUUCAAGAGACAACGACAAACUAGCAAGGAAACUGGAGGACCUGAGCAGAUUAAUGUUGUCAAGUCCGAUGUACGGAUCAUCUUUCGUUAGUAGAACAAACUCCGGGCAUUCACUUCAAUCUUUAAGAACUUUCAGCUCAUCGUUGACACCACUGUCGCAAAAGAGCUUUCCUUACAACACAAACCCUCACAACGUAAUGAACAACAAUACUUAUCAUUACCAUAACGAUCAUAGACCACCAAAUCAGCAGGAACCAUUCGUUGCAUGGAACCAGUCGCCUCAACCAGCACAGCAUGUACCAAAGAUAAUGGCGAAUGAACACUUACCGCCUCUACGAGGGUCGCCACAUACGAACAGACAGUUUGGUCCUCCUGGGAAUAAAGGUUUCAUAAAGAAACCGAGUCAUCUUAAUUCAAAAUGGAUGAAAGCAACUUCAUACGCUUCCCAGUUCAAGCGAAAGCAGACAAUGAAUAGACCCUUGCCUCAAAACACAUGGUCACAAAAGAAGGAUAGUGACGUCAUGAAAGACUUUCCAAUGAGAGACUAUCAAACAAAACCUCGUCCAGAAUUUGUGUAUGGAAAUCACGGUUACGAUACUGGUAGCACGGACGACGGCCAUUCCUCUGCGUUGCGCAACCCAAACCAAAAGCUUCCAGCAAACUUUCAUGUGCGGUUUAAUAAACCGAAUUUUCUGGUGCCAAACAACAACAACAUCAGCCAUAAAGGUGGUGCCUUACCAAAUGAAGCAUACAAGGCUCAGGAUAUAUCUCCUAGAAGUUCAAUGACGAAGGAACUAUCAGCAACUUCCCUCCGUCGAUUAAAUCACCAAAUGCGUCAAGAGAUGGAAGCACUUGACCAUGAAAUAGACUCGUACCAGCGUUCGAUGCAACGACAACCAACUAAAAACAAGCUACCUGUCACGUGACACAACUAAAUUUGGACGAACAGACAAAUAAUUCAGUGGCAAUCAUACAAAUAUACACGAGGAAAUGAUAGCAACAAACAAAGUAUAAACCGGUAAACAGAUCGCGGUGGUUUCUUUUUUAUUCUGAGCGGUACAACUACUUAUUUGUAGUUCAGUAUUAUAUUUUUUGUAUUUUACCAGUUUGUUUAUAUUUCCAAAAAUCUGUUUUUGCACGACUCCUUACUUUGAUACUGUGAUACUUUUUUGGUGUUUUCAAAACAACAAACUAUAUGCUUACCUUUGCUUUUGUAAGAUCAACAAUUUUUUUUACAGUUUUCGAAAGUUGAAUAGACUGUUUCCAGUUUUUACUUACAUUUUCCGUAUAACACAUUUUACACCGUGAAAAAAAUAAUCGUUUGCGGUCGUUUAUUUA